UUUCCCAAAAUGCCCUCGUUGCCUUCCCCCUCGCAGACCCAGAUCCCCAAAACUCCCCGUCCACCAGAACCCUGGCCCAAACCAAAGCCCGGACCGCUCGGCCCUCCAUCCAAAUCUAGGGUUUCGAUUCCCCUCCACAGGAUGUCCGAUCCGACCGCCGCCGGCACCAUGGUGCCCGCCGGAGACGGCGGCUCGUGGGCGAACGGCGGCCCCCGCUUCGGCGACAUGGUCUGGGGCAAGGUGAAGUCCCACCCGUGGUGGCCGGGCCACAUCUACAGCAUCACUCUCACCGACGAGGAGGAGAUUCACCGCGGCCACAGCGAUGGACUCAUCCUCGUCGCCUUCUUCGGCGACUCGAGCUACGGCUGGUUCGAUCCCCACGAGCUCGUCCCCUUCGAGGACCACUUCGCCGAGAAGGCCGCGCAGGGCGGCAGCACCCGCAGCAGCUUCGCCGCCGCCGUCGCUGAGGCCGUUGACGAGGUCGCCCGCCGCGGCGCGCUCGCACUGCUCUGCCCGUGCCGGAAUCCCGACGCCUUCCGCCCCCACCCCUCCGACGCCAGGUUCCUCCUGGUGGACGUGCCCGGGUUCGACUCCGACGCCGACUACCACCCCGACCAGAUCUCGUCCGUGCGGGAGCGUUUCGUCCCGCGGAAGGCGCUGGACUACCUGCUGGAGGCCGCCGUGACGCAGAGGGACGCCGCGGAGGCGGCUGCGCGUACCGUGCUGGGGAUCGAGAUGGCCGGGUUGUUCGCGGCCUGCCGCCGCGCAAGAUUUGCUGAGCGCGACACCACCUACGCCGAGGCGUUCGGGGUGGAUCCCGAGAAGGCGCUCGCUGCCGAGAAGAAAGCCGCGGCUGAGCGAGCUCAACGAGCUCGGCCGCUCCAGGGCGACAGGAAGACGCCCGAGCAGGUCAUGGCCGGCCGCCGGAGGGGCGGCCCCGGCGGGGCGGCGGCGAGGCUCAUGGAGAAGAUCAUGCCCGGGGCCUCCGCCAUGAAGGCCAAGGUCAGCAAGAAGGACCAAUACCUGCUCAAGCGCCGGGACCCGCCGGAGCCUUCCCACCGGCCGGCGCCGCUCCCGGACGCGCCGCCCGCGCUGGACGACGGCCCGCCUAGCUUCGGGGGCGGGGACCCGCCGACGCCGCCGCUGCCCGGGAGCGCCGGCGUCCACGAGGAGGAGUUCAUGCUGCAGAGGCGCGCGCCGCUGGUCGAGAUUCCUCCCGCCGCCCACCCGAGCGAGGGUGCCGCCGCCGCGGUCGGCACGGACGCUGCGCCCAAGAAGGCGACCAAACCCAAGAAGCCCCGCAAGCGCGAGCGGGAGGAAGCUGCCGACGCCGGCCCCGCAGCCCACCCGAGCGAGGGUGCCGCCGCCGCGGUCGGCACGGACGCCGCUCCCAAGAAGGUGACCAAGCCCAAGAAGCCCCGCAAGAGCGAGCGGGAGGAAGCUGCCGACGCCGGCCCCGCCGCCGCCGGGGCGGUCGGCGAACCCAAGAAGAAGAAGAAAAAGAAGAAGCUUUCCAACCUCGACGGCGGCGCGGUCCCAACAGCUACCGCAGCCGCCGCUGGAAGCGGCAAGCCCGCCGCUUCCCCGCCCCCCAAGUUGGUGGUGGAUCUCAACGAACUUAACCUGAAGCAGGUAAUAUCGGACCUUCGGAAUCUCCCGCUCGUCUCCUUCCAUGGCGCCGACCGUCGCAUCUCUGACACCGCUCGCUCAUUCGUCCUCGCGUUCCGCUCAAAAUACUACAAGAAGAGCUACGAGAACGACCCACCUGAGGAGUCUAAGAUGAGUUUGGACAAGCCCAGCGCCGCCGCGGACGGCCAGCCGCCCAAGAAGAAGAAGCCGGCCGCGAGGCCCGGCGCUGUCGGCGACCCUACCAAAGCCGGCGUGAAGCGCGGGCCGUCGGACCGGCAGGAGGAGCUGGCCGUCAAGAAGAAAGCCAAGCUCGACAAGAUUAAGACACUGUCCAACGAGAAGAAAGCCGGCGGUCUGGAUCUGAAAGACGCCCCCGCAGCCUCGCCGGCUGCACAGCAGCAGCGGCCUGCAGCGAAGGAGAAGGUUGAGACGGCUGCCAAGAAGAAGGAGCCGGCGCCGGCGCCCAGGAUCAAGACGCCAUCGCCAACGACUCUGAUGAUGAAGUUCCCGGUGCAGAGCACGCUGCCGUCGGUGGCCUCGCUGAAGGCACGGUUCGCGCGAUUCGGGCCGCUCGACGUCGACGGCAUCCGCGUGUACUGGAAGUCCCACAUGUGCCGGGUCGUCUACAGGUUCAGGUCCGACGCUGAGGCCGCGCUCAAGUACGCCAGGAGAAACGCCAUGUUCGGCCAGGUGGACCCCCACUACCAACUCCGUGAGGCCGAGUCGUCCAGCGGCGAGCCGCCGGCGCCUGAUGCUCCUCCGCGGCGCUCUGACUUGCGGCUCAUGGAGACUGCUCCGUUCAGGCCUGGCAGCUCCGGCAACGGCGCUCCACUGCCGAUGUCCAGGGCUGUGCCGACACGUGUGGCCGUGGGACAGCAGCCCAAAUCAAUCCUUAAGAAGAGCAGUGACGAAGGUGCGGCUGGCACGAUGAGGGAGGUCCCUCGCGUGAAGUUUAUGCUGGACGGAGGGGACAGCAAGCUCGAGCCACCUGCACUGCUCACGAGUGGCGGCGGAGGCAAUGGAACAGACAACGCCACACCGGUGGGCAAGAGUGCCAAGUCCGUCGGCUUCACAACGCAGCUGCCUGCACGCGCGCUGCAGCCACCCAUGCGCCCCACGCAACAGCAGCUGCAGCCUCGUGUGUCGGUCACUCAGCCACUCCCGCCGCCGCCGCCGCCAUACCAGCCUCGCAUCAGCGACGGCCAGCUCUCUUUCCCUGGGCAACCGCAACAACCGCCUUACCCACCUCGCCACACUGAUGGGCUGCCACCUUUCUCCAGCCAGCCGUCGCAGCCACCACCGCGUCACAGCGACAGCCCGCUCCAACUCCCUGGACAGCCACCGCUGCCAUACCAGCCUCGUUCCACUGGCUUCACCGGACAUCAGCAGCAGCAGCCGUACCCGCCUCGCUCCAGGGACAGCUCGCCCUUCCUCCCCGGACAGCCACAGCAGCAGCUCCCACCCCGCCCCAGCUUCGCCGACGACGUCCCGGCAUGGAAGAGGAGCGAGAAGGAGUUCAAGGAGGAGCUGAUGAGGGUCAUGACAGGGAUCGCCAAGAUGGUGGAGCCACUGACCGACAAGAACGGGUUCUUCCCCUACCACCUCUUCCGACGAGCGUGAGCAUGCAGCUGCCACCAGCCAUGUCGUCCUACCUGGCUUGCAGAGCCGAGGUCGCAGCAGCUUCAGGGAACAGCUGCGUUGUAUCUGUUGGGCCCCAGUGCCAGUUGCAGUAGCGGUAAUGCUAGUAGCAACAGUGAGGACUUCGCUGGAGAGAGAACAGGGUGUGCUUCUCCUGUGGUAUUGUAUGACUGGUUUUGUACUCUGGUUUCUGCGAGAGCGCGUAUGCACCCCAUCUUAGACCUGAA